UAUUCUAUCUAUAGUGUGCUUUGUUGUUUACUAGGGAAGUAUGCAUCGUGUUAAAAGUUUAUUUGAAUAGGUAAAAUUUACUUAUAAACAUUCGAUAAUGACUGAUAUUGAAAUGUUGCAAUUAGAUAUAUGGAAAGGCGAUUGGGGUCUUCCAUCUGUUAAUAUAGAAUGUUUACAAGUUUUGGCAUACGCUAAAUUCAGUGGUGUACCUUUAAAAACAAACCUCACUAAUAAUCCAUUUAAAACACCAAACGGCCGACUACCAUUACUUAGAGCUGGUAUGAACACCUUGGAUACAGUUAAAGAUAUAUUACCAUUUUUUAGAGCAAAACAUAACUCUGGCUACAUAUUAACCGAUAAGCAGUAUGCCGACGUCAUGGCUUAUGAUGCUCUACUUAAAGAAAAGUUGUAUCCAGCUUUACAAUAUAUAUGGUGGAUAGACAAAAAAAAUCUGGAUGAAUUAGUUAAACCAUGGUAUUGUAAAGUAUUACCUUUUCCAUUAAACUUUUAUUAUCCAGGCAAAUAUGAACGACAAGCACAAUCCUUGAUACAAAGUUUAUAUCCUAUGGAAGAUAAUAUAAAUGUUAUUGAAAAUAAGGUAUACUCGGAAGCACAAAAAUGUUUGACAUUGUUGUCAAUAAAGCUUGGCGAUAGAGAAUUUUUUUAUGGACAACAACCUAGCAUAAUAGAUGCUAUUAUAUAUUCAUACUUAGCACCAUUGCUCAAGGCACCAUUACCAAAUCCAGUUUUGCAAAAUCAUUUAAAAGCUUGUACAAGUUUAGUAAAAUAUGUGUCACGUAUUUCGCAAAGAUACUUUGAAAAUGAAUAUCAAGAGUAUGAAAAACACCAAGCUGAAGAGAAAGCGGCAAAACUAAAACAAGAUCCUGACAACGAAUUUCCAAAUAAGAAAAGAAAUCAAUUUCUUGCUGCAUUUAUUGCUACUUUGACAAUGACAGCAUAUGCAUUAUCAACAGGAAUUGUAGAGGUGAAACAUACAAUAUUGUUCAAACAAGUCUGACAAGGAGAUGCCACAACCUGCGAAAUCGAUUUUCAAACGAGUCAUACCUCGUUCGAUGUAAAAGUUCAAGUUUAGAUGUAAAAAAUGACGACCCUAAAAGGACUCGGGUGAAUGGGUCUUCGUUUAGAAUAAAUUGUGAGGCAAAAUUAGACUAACGGAGCUGCGUCCUCUAAGAGCGGAAAAUGUGCAAGUGUAAGCAACAAAUCAGUGUAGCUGAGAGGUCUAAAGCUCCCACCCGACGAUUUUUCAUGUUUCAUUUUUUUACCUCGCACGUGCAAUUAAUGUUUUUAACUUAUAAUCAAUAAAAUAUUUAUACUUGUUCCGUUUUUAUGCAGACAAGUAAGGAAUUAUAUAGCGAAGUUCCAGGCUUUAUUAACGUGAAAUA